AUGUCCGAAGCAGACUCUUCAGCCGAUCCAGAACCUCCUAAUAGUGGCUCCACCACUGACAAUAAAUAUAUGCAGAAAGGAAAAUCUUGCUUCUCCCCUCCAGUUCAGAAGCACUAUGGAUGUCUAAAGAUACAUCCUCUUCAUUUUCAUACGGAAAUUAGCAGACCAAAGGCCCCGUUUAAUCCUCGAGUAUUCGAUUGGUCCAAAACUACUACAUUAUCUCCAAAAUUAUUUUUAAUGUAA